AUGAAGCUCGUCAAAAUUAUCCCCAAAAACCUCUUCAACUCCAAGAAAUCCCGAUCCGUUUCCAAAUCCGAAACCUAUCCGUCUUCAUCCUUCAGCUCUCAAACGACGACGUCUUCGGAAGAUGACACGCAAACCGGCUUCAAGAAGGCCAAUGGUCUAGCCACGCCGACCAGCGUACUCCCCUCGUUAUCCUCUGAAAUAUCAGCCGACGAAUGGUCCGAAAUCUCUGCCGAUGUGUACUUUGAACUUAAACAGGCGUUCGAAAUGAUAGACAGAGAUGGCAGCGGGAAGAUAAUGAAGGAGGAAUUGGAGGCGCUGCUCAGCCUGGUGGGUCCUGAGACACCGAGCCAGGAGGAGCUGAAGAUGAUGCUGAGCGAUGUGGAUAGGGACGGGGAUGGGUGUAUUAGCUUGGAGGACUUUAAUGCCAUCGGCUCGGCUUUUGGGCCACCGGCUUGCAACACGGAGCUGAGGAACGCUUUUGAUUUCUUUGACUCUAACGGUGACGGGAAGAUAACGGCGGAGGAGCUUUACAACGUUUUCAGAACAAUAGGGGACGCGCGGUCCUCGUUAGAGGACUGCCGCCGCAUGAUAAGAGGCGUAGACCGGAAUGGAGACGGGUUCGUCUGCUUCGAGGACUUCACUCGUAUGAUGGCGCAACAAAAAUGA